GAUUUUAAAAAUUGCUUAUGAAUUACGACCGAUAGAUACGUUUACGCAUUGAUAUUUAAAAUCCUCCGUCUACCUGCCAGUCCGACAAAAGACAGCAACUUUAACAAUUCCGACAUCGGACGGUAAGCAAAUCUGUCGUCGCUCUGCGCAUCAGUUUCGGAAUGAUCUUGACUGGACAGUUCAUUUCUGUCAAGUAACGGCUGCAAGCGAUGAUGAGAAGAACAAAGCAAGAACGAUCCCUCUGUUGUUUUCUCAGCCUAUCAAAAAGCGAGCUUCGUUUCACAUAAAUUACAGUUUUAAAUCGACGCAGGUUAAUAAUGGCGUCUCGUAGGCGCUGCUUAUUCAAAGUUAUUGUUCUCGGCGACAGCGGGGUCGGAAAGACGUCUUUGUUGAAUCAAUAUGUGACUAAAAGAUUCAGUAGCCAGUACAAAUCAACUAUUGGCGCAGACUUCAUGACAAAGGAACUUCAAGUUGAUGAUAGACUUGUAACAUUGCAGAUAUGGGACACAGCCGGACAGGAGAGGUUUCAGAGUCUUGGGGUUGCUUUUUACAGAGGAGCAGACUGCUGUGUUCUUGUGUAUGAUGUGAAUAUGCUGAAGUCAUUUGAGGACUUGGACAAUUGGUAUCUGGAAUUUCUAAACCAGGCAAGCCCAGCAGAUCCUGACAAUUUUCCCUUCUUCUUGGUGGGCAACAAAAUUGAUGUGGAUGGGGGAAACAGUAGAGUGGUUUCUGAGAAGAAAGCAAAUCAAUGGUGUGCAUCAAAAGGGAUAAUGCAUUAUUUUGAAACUUCAGCUAAAGAAGACAUAAAUAUAGAUGCAGCAUUUUUAGCCAUAGCAAAGAACUCUGUUAAGAAUCAUUCUGAACUUGCACAGAGCAUUUAUAUAUCAGGAGUUGAGGCUGCUUCUGAAGCAGAACCACCUCGCGAUUUUUGUGGAUGCUAACCUUAAACAAAGAAAUGUUAAGGAAAAGAUAGAUACGUUAUCCUCGCCCCCUUUGAGAAUUGCUUGGUUUUUAUUGCGUCCUCAGAUCAGAGUUACAAUUUUGCUACCAUCAAAAUAAUGUUUGACGUUGUUCUGACUUCGCCAUUGAAGUUCUGUGACUCCUUAUUUUGUACUAGCUUUCGACCUUCCUAUUCAAUUUCAUACAACAAAUGUUUACUCGUGACCGAAAUCUCUUCAAUGUACAUUUUCAAUAGCCAUUUUUGCAGUACAUGGCUUUCUCCUUUCAUUGUAAUCAGAUUUGGUGUUACUUGAUGUGUUUGUUCUCAAUUGAUCCGGGAAAAUGUCAUUUUAUAAAUUCUUCAGAAUACUCUUGUGGAUGUUUCAUAGCUCAUGGACUGAAAUUGAUGGUAUUCCAUUAUUUUCCUUUCAGGAAAAAGUUAUUUUAUAAAUUCUUCAGAAUACUCUUGUAGAUGUUUCAUAGCCCAUCGACUGACAUUGAUGGUAUUCCAUUAUUUUCCUUUCAGGAAAAUGUUAUUUUAUAAAUUCUUCAGAAUAAUCUUGUAGAUGUUUCAUA